CCCUCAAUAUCAUGUCAGUUGAGUGAACCCAACCCUUGGAAAAUAGGAUCGAGUACGAAACAACAAUUAACUGUUAUGAAAAACAAGUUACGCGUUGUUUGUAUCUUGCGGAAAAUAGGCACUACAUUUCCACUAACUACGCACUCAAACCAUAAAUUAUAGGAAAUUUUGUUAUUCCAAAACAGUUCAACGAGAGAUUCAAUCUAAAUUCAUCAGCCGAGAUGGACGAACCAGCGCCUGUCGACAAAGAAGAAGCAGGCACGGAGCCGAAUGGACUUUCACAAGCACAAGAGAAAAAAAAAGUUGCAAUCAGGGUAUACAAAAAAAGAUGGAUAAUGUUAUUUCUUUUUGUUGCAACGUCAACAUUCAACGCCAUACACUGGCUUCAAUAUUCUAUCAUAGCAAACAUUGCGAUGAAAUAUUACGAAGUAUCUGCCCUAGCAGUAAACUGGUCUUCGAUGAUCUACAUGGUUAUAUAUGUUCCAUUGGUAUUUCCUGCCACAUUUGUCUUAGAGAAAAAGGGUUUAAGAUUUUCCCUUAUACUAGGCCUCACAAUAAUGUGCUGUGGAGCAUGGCUUAAAUUAGUGACACUCAACAGGAACAUGUUCGUUGUUGCAUUUGUCGCACAAGGUAUAGUCGGAGGUGCACAAAUUUUUAUUCUAAGUGUACCUGCGAGGUUGGCAAGUAUAUGGUUCGAUGCCAAGGAAGUUUCAACAGCCUGCGCUUUAGGAGUGUUCGGAAAUCAGCUAGGCGUUGCGCUUGGAUUUGUCAUCCCACCAGAAGUUGUUCACGACUCUAAUGAUAUGGACGCUAUACGGGAAGGAUUUAAAUGGCUCUACAUUGGUUUUGCGGUUCCACCAACUGUUCUACUAUUUCUAGUAAUUUUAUUUUUUGAAGCUGCUCCAAAAUUCCCUCCGAGUUUGGCUCAGGUAAACAUAAGGGAGAAUAUUGCAGCGAGGACAAAUUCCGAUGUAAAUGGAAACUCGUAUAUACAAUUGGUCAAAAAUAAGGACUUCAUUUUACUUUUAUUUAGUUACGGUGUAAAUGUUGGAGUCUUUUACGCAUACUCGACAUUGCUGAACCAGUUAUACCUCAGUCAUUAUCCAAAAGGUGAAGUAACAGCUGGUUAUAUUGGACUGGUAAUGAUCAUCGGAGGAAUGAUUGGAUCAGUUGUUUGGGGCAUAUUCCUCGACAGAACGCACAAGUUCAAGUUGACAACAAUUGUUGUAUAUUGCUUUGCUUACCUUGGUAUGAUGGCAUUUACAUUUUCAUUGUUUUAUGAACAGAAUAUAGCAAUAUUUGUGUCAUCUGGAAUUCUUGGAUUCUUCAUGAAUGGCUAUUUAACAGUUGCGUAUGAAUUUACCAGUGAAUUGACAUACCCCGUACCUGAAAGUACAUCGACCGGUGUGUUAAACGCUGUGGGUGAGCUGCUUGGUCUCAGUAUGGUACUAGUUUAUGGGAUGAUAUUAGAUUAUUACGAUGAUCUCAUCACGAACUUGUCCAUGUCAUCUAUUCUUCUCGUCGGCUUGGUCGUUUCACUAUUUAUUUCUGGAAAAAGUCUCAAGCGGCAUGGAAUAAACAAAGAACAAUCGCAGUCCAUGUGAAACAAAGUGUCAAAAAAAGAAAUUAAUGUCAGUGUUAA